CACAGUGGGCCCGGCCCGGCGCGGUCCCGGCCCGGCGCGGGCGGCAGCGGCGCGAUGGCAGCGGAGCCCAGCGCCAGCUCCCUGCGUCGGGCCGGCAAUGAGGAGUUCCGCCGCGGGCAGUACGGGCCGGCCGCCGCGCUCUACACCCGUGCGCUGGCGCUGCUGGAGGCUGCAGGGGAGGCCGCCGCGGCGGAGCGGAGCGUGCUGCUGGCCAACCGCGCCGCCUGCCGCCUGAAGGAGGGCGCCUGCGACCUCUGCGUCGCCGACUGCAGCAGCGCCCUGGCCCUGGUCCCCUUCGCCAUCAAGCCCCUGCUCCGGCGGGCCGCGGCCUACGAGGCCCUGGAGCGGUACGCGCUGGCCUACGUGGACUACAAGACGGCGCUGCAGGUGGACUGCGCCGUGCAGGCGGCGCACGACGGCGUCAACAGGAUGACUAAAGCCUUGCUGGAGAAGGAUGGUGUGAACUGGCGCCAGAAGCUCCCACCAAUCCCCGCAGUCCCCAUUUCUGCCCAGACGAGGUGGAGCGUUCCUUCUGCCGGGGCAAACACCCCUCCUGCUGCUGCGCCACAGGGAGAAGCAGACCGGAUUGCUGCUGGCACGGAGAGAGCUCGAACUCUGAAGGAAGAAGGAAAUGAACUCGUAAAGAAAGGAAACCAUAAAAAAGCAGUUGAGAAGUACAGUGAGAGUUUAAAGCUCAGUCAGGAAUGUGCAACUUACACCAACAGAGCUCUCUGUUACUUGACUCUGCAGCAGUACAAGGAAGCCGUACAGGACUGCACGGAAGCUCUGAGGUUAGAUCCUAAAAACAUUAAGGCACUCUACAGACGUGCUCAAGCACUUAAAGAACUGAAGGAUUACAAGUCAAGCAUUGCUGAUAUCAAGAGCUUGUUGAAAACUGAACCAAAGAACACAGCUGCACUGAGAUUACUGCAAGAACUGAACACAGCCUAGGGUAACCAAACAACAACAAAAGCUUCGUUUUCCACUGCAGAAGAAAGCUUUUUUCUUUCCGCUGUUGUUACAGGGACCAAUCUUAAUGCAGGAUCGGUACUGAAAUCUGUCUUCCACUGCUGCUGAGAUGUAACAGGUUCCGUAUCAGCACAAUGAAUGUUAAGACACACAAUCUGUAUCAAAAUCUAUUAUCUGGCUCUAAGGUCAUUUAAAGUUUUAAUGCCACUCCCUGAGAGGCAUAUAGGUUAACUUGCCUGUAACUGCUGGCCUCAGGGACUCUUUCCACGUUGGCCAAGAUGCAUGUAAAGUGGCUAUUCUCUUCCUGAAGAGCUACAGAGGGGUUUUUUUGUCCUUAUUCAGGUGACAGUUCUGCAUUUGUGCUGCUAUUACUCAAAUAGGGUUGCUGCAGGAACUACUGCAGUUGCCUUAGCACCAUGUACCCUUUUUGUAACAGGUACAGUUACUUGUGCAGGACUGAGCUUGUUCCCUCUCCCGCUUGAUGCCUGCUGGCCCUCAGCUGAAUUUGUGCUGCUUAGCGUGGCUAGGCAGAUGUUUACAGUAGCAGCUUGCUUUUAAUUUUUCUGCACAUUUAAGAAAACAGCAGCAAGUUAAGCUUGCCUUGUUACACUGUGCACUACUUCUUUCAGAUUCUGGGUGCUUUGGAAUUCUACAAUUGUUUUUUGGUUUGUUUUUUGAAAACCACUUUAGCUCCUCUGUGCCUUUUGGAGCAGUUGCUAUGGGGUGUUACAGGGAAGAGGAUGGCCAGUAACAUCCCAGCUGAGGUCUGGCUUACUACUUCAAUGCAUGUUUAUACUUUCUGAUCUUCUCCUUAUCUGGUAUUGAUGGCACUGACUUAAAAUGAGAUAUUUGGAGUUAUUCUAUGAACCAUGAAAACCAGUUCUCAUUAAAGCCAUGUUUAUUUUCACUUUA